AUGUUGACUCUCACCAACAUCACUGGGCUUGACCUAUGCCUUGCUUGUGUCGGAGUAUAUCUGCUUAAGCAGGUGUUCAAGAAGAAUCCCGCACCAUAUCCACCUGGACCCCCGGGGUUACCUCUCUUUGGGAAUGCCCUGUCGGACAUGCCCCACAUCAAGCCCUGGCUCACCUUCACGGAGUGGGGCAAGAAGUAUGGUGAUAUCUCGCAUGUCCAGAUUCUAGGUCGACACAUUGUUGUGUUGAACUCUGCCAAGACUGCAAUGGAAUUAUUGGACAAUAAAAGCUAUAUGUACUCUGAUCGCCCUGUUCUGCCUAUGGGUGGCGAACUUGUUGGCUGGAAGGACUCUUUGUCUCUCGUCCCUUACGGCGACCGUUUUCGCCAGUACCGUAAGAACAUUCACCGCGUCAUUGGCAGUCGCGCCGCAGUCGACACAUACAGCCAGGUCGAGGAGGAUGAGACUCGCCGAUUCCUGAAGAAUGUGAUGACGAAACCCGACCAACUGCAGGAACAUAUUCGGCACACUGCUGGUGCUAUCAUUCUGCGCAUUUCUCACGGUUAUAAAGUUAAAGAGAACAAUGAUCCCUUCGUCGACCUUGCAGACCGUGCUAUGGCCCAAGCCUCACAGGCCACGGCUCCCGGUGCCUUCAUGGUUGACAUUAUGCCAUUCUUGGCCAAGGUCCCCGUGUGGUUCCCUGGUGCUGGCUUCAAGCGCAUAGCACGUGAAUGGCGCGAGACCCUCGAAGAGAUGGUUUCUGCACCCCACAAGUUCGUCAAGGAUCAGAUGGCUGCUGGCAUUGCCCCUAAAUCUUUCACUUCGGAUCUCUUGGAAAUCGAUACUUUGACGGCGGAAGAAGAGCACGUUGUGAAAUGGUCUGCGUUAUCUCUAUAUGCUGGCGGUGCCGAUACGACAGUUUCUGCGAUAUACUCGCUUUUUCUAGCUAUGACACUUUUCCCUGAUGUGCAGAAGAAGGCUCAGGCCGAAAUAGAUGUUGUUGUCGGUCCCAAUCGCCUUCCCUCCUUCGCUGACAGAGAUUCUCUCCCCUACACCGAGGCGCUUGCCAAAGAAGUACUACGCUGGCAUGCUGUCCUCCCUACCGGUUUCCCCCACCUUUUGACUGAGGACGAUAUGCAUGAUGGGUACUAUAUUCCAAAAGGCUCCUUGAUAAUGCCUAACAUAUCGUUCAUGCUUAACGAUCCACGAACAUAUGCUAAGCCCUCGCAAUUCGAACCUGACCGCUUUUUGGCUAGGGAUGGAAAGGAGAGUGAGACCGACCCUCGCACGAUCUGCUUCGGCUUCGGCAGACGUAUUUGCCCAGGGCUCCACCUCGCUGAUGCCUCCAUCUGGAUAUCCACCGCGAUGUCACUGGCCGUGUUUGGCAUUUCCAAGGUUGUCGAGAACGGUAUUGAGGUCACCCCUGAGGUUGACCCCUUAUCAGGCACAAUCAGCCACCUCAAGUCCUUCAAGUGUUCUAUUAAGCCUCGCUCUGCGACAGCCAUUGCGCUCAUCCAGCAGGACGCCAACUACUAA